UUAUCAAAUAGAUGGUGAAUGAAAUGAUACAAAUAGCUUCAUGAUCUUAUGAAAAACACCAAUGAAGUUUCCUGAGGAGGGGGAGGGAGUGGAAGGCAUCCUGGGGAAAGACAUCUGAGAAGAGCCUCAGAAAGAUCUAGACAUUUGUCAAGGAAAGGGAGAAGACUUAUUUCACAAAUAGCAUCCAAAUUUUGAAUUUGGGGGUGAAGCUGUGUGGAAACAAGACAAGAAAUGAUCCAGGUUUUAGAUCCACGUCCUUUGACCAGUUCAGUCAUGCCAGUGGAUGUGGCCAUGAGACUUUGCUUGGCUCAUUCACCACCUCUGAAGAGUUUCCUGGGCCCUUACAAUGACUUUCAAAAAAGAAAUUUUGUGAAUAAAUUAAAGCCUCUGAAACCAUGUCUCAACCUCAAACAGGAAACCAAAUCACAGAACGAAUGGAAGCGCUCACACAACCAAACCAAGAAGCGGGUUGUGUUUGCUGAUUCCAAGGGUCUUGCUCUCACRGCUAUCCACGUCUUCUCUGACCUCCCAGAAGAACCAGCCUGGGAUCUCCAAUUUGACCUCUUGGACCUUAAUGAUAUCUCCUCUGGCUUAAAACUCCAUGAGGAGAAAAACUUGAUUUUAGAUUUUCCUCAGCCUUCAGCUGAUUACUUAAGUUUCCGGAAACACUUUCAGAAGAAUUUUGUGUGUCUGGAGAACUGUUCUUUGCAAGAGCGAACUGUGACUGGGACUGUCAAGGUGAAAAACAUGAGCUUUGAGAAGAGAGUUCAGGUCCGAAUCACUUUUGACACUUGGAAAAGCUAUACAGAUGUGGACUGUGUCUACAUGAAGAAUGUGUAUGGCAGCUCUGAUAGUGACACCUUCUCAUUUGCCAUUGACUUACCCCCUGUCAUUCCAACUGAGGAGAAAAUUGAGUUCUGCAUUUCUUAUCAUGCCAAUGGGCAGGUCUUCUGGGACAACAACGAGGGCCAGAAUUACAGAAUUGUCCACGUGCAAUGGAAACCUGAUGGGGUGCAGACACAGAUGACACUCCAAGACUGUGCAUUCCACCAGGUGCCCCCAAAGACCGAGUUAGAAUCAACGAUCUUUGGCAGUCCCAGGCUGGCUAGCGGGCUCUUCCCAGAAUGGCAGAGCUGGGGGAGAAUGGAGAACUUGGCCUCUUAUCGAUGAAUUAAGCAACCUAGUGACUGGUCUCGACCUGUCAUAGUCCCCAUGCAAUUCUAGGUCUGUAUUGCUCAAUAUUAGGAAGUUUUUGAUACUUUCCAUYAGUAGGUUUAGGUUUGAGCUUUUGCAGACUUGUUUCAGAAUAUAUACAGCCACUUGAGAAGUUAGUGUUGGGGUCCACAUGGAUGAUAUUACCCAAUUUUGCUUUGGAGGCCCAGGUAACAGCCUAGAAUCUAUUUUUUAUGAAAGUAAUGCUUUUUUUAGUGCCCUUCCUCYUUCCCUCUCAAUUCACUAACUUUCACAUUGGGCAAGGAAAGGUCGAGGAAGGACAAUUGAUGGUGAUGGGAAGCUGUGGUAAUGGUAUGACGAAUGUGUGAAAGGUGUACGUGAAGGGCUCUGAAGCUCAAGUCAGAGUAGGAGUGGGAGGUCUGAUACUUAAUUAUUGGUGAAAAAAUGUAAGGUUAUUUUGUGUUUUAAAGUUGGUUUACAGUUCCCUCCUGGGGAAGUAACUCACGGGGGAAAAGAGAUCCAUUCUAUGUAUUCUUGUGAAGAAAGGCCAAACAAAUUUUAGGGGUGUUGGAUGGUAUUUGGGGAUGAUGAACUGUAUCCUGGAGAAUCAAGAUCUUAAGUGAAGCCUUCCUGUUCAAACAUGAUCAAAAAAUUGGGGGAAAGUGUAAGCAAAUCUGGUUUUGCAGUCCUAAUGUUGGUAAGCAAUUUUGUGAUCAAGGCCUCAUGCUGGGGUUCUUGGUACAGAACGCUAUCUGACAAAACUCAUGCCAUCACUAAUGGUAAUGACAUGUAGGGACUCCGGGUCAUGGCAAAGAUCGUUCUUUGCAAGUGCCCAUAGUAGCUUACCCCAAAUGUCUGAACAAACAUCUGAUAAUUCAUGAGUUUUUAGCCUUGUAAGAAGGUUCACUGUACACUGGUCUUCCUCCUGUAAUAUGGUGUAUCUUUGAGUGUGUUGUCAGUGUACACAGCUCACAUCCUUCAUAUUGAAGGUGACUUGUUUUUCUGCCACACUUUUUCAAUGUGAUGUUUGAAGUGAGGACUGACACUAGGAUUCUCAACACAAGAAUCCGGUUCUGUGCACAUUAGACGUAGUAGUUAAUCUCUUUGCCUGUUUUUUGUCUUGUUGUUUUAAUUUCCUUUGAAGUAAAAAUGCUUUUUUAAAGAAAUGGAUUUGAAUUGUUUUAGAUGUGAAUUAUUUUCAUGUGUACAUAAGCUCUUAAGCACAGGAGACAAGAAUGUUUGCUUUUGUCAUUGUGUACAACUGCUGAGAGGUGUUAAGAGAAUGCAGUUAAUUUUAACACGUGUGAUCUGCCAUGCUGGAAAAGUACUAUUAGAAAAACUCCACUGUGACAGUAUUUGAGGAUUGGCUGACAUCCAUAAUUUUUCUGCUGUAAAUAUUUCACUCUCUUCUGGCUAUCCUUUAUGAACUUCUCACUUAAAGAAUAAAUGUAUUUGAUAUAAGA